GGCGCUCAGAGUUGGAUGUUUAAAUCAUAUCGAGUUACAGUUUCUAAUAAGUGAGAAGCAAAAAAAAUCAAAAAUGAAAAACUUCAUCGUUUUCCUCUGUGUAAUUACAAUCGCUGCAGUGUCAGCACAUCAUGGUCAACGCCGUGGUCAACAUGGGGGUUUUCCACAUCACGGUCACGUUAAUGGCCAUCAUAACAACAGUGGAGGUAUACCAUGCAUCGAGAAAAUAGUGGAAGCUAUCAAAGCUGCUCUAGCUGCUAAUAAUCUACCGGCUCAGUCUACUACAUCAGCACCAGCUGAAUCAUCUACUUCAGCUGCUCCAAGCGAAUCGUCUACAUCAGCCCCAGCUGAAUCCACUUCGGACGCUCCCAGUGAAUCUUCUACAUCAGCCCCAGCUGAAUCCUCACCGGAUGCUCCCAGCGAAUCUUCUACAUCAGAACCAGCUGAAUCCACUUCGGCUGCUCCAAGCGAAUCUUCUACAUCAGCACCACCUGAAUCCACUUCGGCUGCCCCAAGCGAAUCUUCUACAUCAGCACCAGCUGAAUCAUCCACUCCUGCUGCUCCAUAAUUUGUGUGGCAAUCAUGUAUUUUAUAGACAAUAAAAUUAUUUAUUAACUCCCAA